AUGUCGUUCCUCUUCGGCAGGACACGCUCACGGGCAGCAGCCGACUUGCCUAGGCAGGCCCGUGAGCUUGUCUUGAAGCUUGAAGGCCCAAACUUCCCCGCAAAGGCAGAAGAGAUUGCCCGCGUCUUAAGUCAGAUGAAGGUGAUUUUGCAAGGCACGCAUGACCUGGACAGUUCACCAGACCAGAUAUACCAGCUUGUCACGGGUCUUAUCGACGAAGAUCUUCUCCACCUUCUCGCCGUCACGCUGCACCGCCUACCAUUCGAGUCUAGAAAGGACACCCAAAUAAUUUUCUCGUACGUCUUUCGCUUCCGCCCGGCUGCGGCAGCCCCCAAGAGCGACCCCAUUGCCUUGUCAUAUGUUGUAUGCAACCGCCCGCAGGUUCUUGUUGAACUCUGCAGAGCCUAUGACCACAAAGAGAGUGCCACUCCUGCUGGCUCAGUGCUCCGUGAGCUUCUCAAGAAUGAGGCUGCAGCAGCCAUCAUUCUCUACGAUGACGGCGACGAACCAGGCUCCAGUGCCAAAGGGUUGAAUGCGAUCGACCGAGCUCGACCGCAGACUGGCCGGGGUGUCUUCUGGAAGUUCUUUGACUGGGUCGACAAGAGCUCAUUCGAGGUCGCGGCAGAUGCCUUCACAACAUUUAGAGAGCUUUUGACCAGGCACAAAGACUUGGUGCCUCGCUAUCUCUCGGUUAACUUUGACCUCUUCUUUGAGAAGUACAAUAAGAUUUUGGUACAGUCGAACAGCUACGUUACCAAGAGGCAAUCUAUCAAGCUUCUUGGAGAGAUUCUCCUGGACCGCUCCAACUACAGCGUCAUGACAGCUUACGUUGACCGAGGCGACCAUCUCAAGAUAUGCAUGAACUUGCUGCGCGACGAAAGGAAAAUGGUUCAAUACGAGGGAUUCCAUGUAUUCAAAGUGUUCGUCGCCAACCCACACAAGUCUAUCGCGGUCCAGAAAAUCCUUCUCAUGAAUCGCGAGAAACUGUUAACAUUUUUAUCUCAUUUUCUCGAGGACCGCACCGACGACGAGCAGUUCAUUGAUGAAAGGGAAUUUCUAAUCAAGCAAAUCAAAAACAUGCCGCCGACUCCAGUCGUUUCUCAGCGGUAA